AUGGAAGCGCGAAAGCAGGAACUCAAUUCAAGAACUCAUCUCAAAAUGUUUUUCAUUGCUUGGUUUUUAAGAGCUUUCUUUCUCCUAGCCAUAUGUCAAGAACUGGAGAUAGUCUUUGUCCAUGGCAAGCCAAGGGAUCUAAAAGCAAGCAGAAUUCAGGCAGUUCGAGGUCAAAUACUCACAAAACUUGGAAUUACAUCUCCUCCUGACGAAGGUGCAAGUGUACAGCCAACAAGGGAGGAAUUACAGGCAUUUAAGGCUGUCACUAAUGAAGCUAGUUUUGAAAGUCAAGACGUAGCCGAAAAGUGCAUACACGAUGACCAAAAUGGCGGCUACUUUGCGAAAAGCAUUGUUAGUCUUCGUUUAGUGCAACGGACUGGGAUGACCAUACAGCACAAAGAUCCAGCAACAAAAAUACUUUAUCUUCUCGACAUCAACACUCUCACCUUUGAUGCGACUCAACUAAAUGGUGAAAGCCAAAUUGAACGAGCAGAAAUGCGAAUAGACCCAAACUACUUCCCCGCCAUCCAAGGAACAACAAUUAAAGCUUGUAUGGUGGACCGACUUUCUAGCAGCUCAAUCCAUAAUGGAUGCUCCCAAGUCUUCGAUUCCAAGUUCAUAGAUUCACAAGCUGAUAUAAACCUCGACGUCACUGAUGCUGUCAAGAAAAGRGUAAUGGSACCUAAAUCUAUGGCCUUUGUCAAAGUCAUUCAGAUSGGAAUGGAACAGAACGGUUAUGACAGCUCGAGUACCCYGUCAUGGGAACCCUAUGUGUUGGUUUGGUACAUACCUAUGAAUCGAUAUGUAAUCGAGAGGCGACGGCGAAACCGUCGUGCUCUCGACUCGGCAUUUUGCAACCAGAGACCGACGGAAAAGCGUUGUUGCCUGCGUUCGCUGUACAUCGAUUUCCAAAAAGAUCUCAAAUGGAACUGGAUACACGCACCACUAGGUUUCCAUGCCAACUACUGCAAGGGAACUUGCCCAUUCUUAUGGGGCUCAAGUAAUCAGACCCAUCAUACAUCGAUCAUGGCCCUCUACAGCUCCAUCAAUCCCAACGCACCUAGCGAGCCGUGCUGUGUGGCAAGUUYGUACAAACCACUAGUGAUUCUUCACUAUGUAAAGGGUCAACCAAAAAUAGAACAACUAAAUAACAUGAUUGUGACUUCUUGCACUUGUGUGUAAGUUAGGUCAACGUAAGGGAGGCAGGACUGGCCAUCUACUCAUCUWUAUAUUCCAUUUAUCUAGAGGGGAAUGUCUGCAGUGUGAAGCCCCCUUUAUCUAACCUAAAUGCCUGGCCCUUCCCCUCGGUAACAAUUCUACUCAUAUAAGCUUUUUCCAUAAAUUGAAAAAAAAACACGCUUUGAGUUUGCAGCAAGUACUCAAAUGAAUUUUUUUACAAAAAUAGACUUGCAGUAGGACAACAUGACUGUAGAUACACCUCAUUGUGAUAACGCAGUUGGGUUCCAAAAGGUUAAAAGCUAAGACCGAAAAUGAUUAUAGAAAAGCAAAUAUCAUAAGUAGUGUUUUAUGGUUAAAAAGAUUGCCUGCACUGAAUGAAAUUAUGACCUUCUCUACAAGUAAUGCUAUAAUGUAAAAUGUUUUGGCAAGUAUUAUUUAAAUUUCUAAGUACUUUCUUUUGAUGUUAGCUUUGAUGAUAUUAUCACCUUUUUCCGACCUGACAGCGUUAAUUYAAUAGCUGUAUACAAACAGCACUUUCGUUUAGUUUUGUACAAAUUCCUAAAUUGUCUUGUGGUGACACAAGAGGAGGAAUGCAUCAUAUGUUGAUUAGGUGGUUAGGAAGAAGAGAAUAUAUGUGAUCUUGUUUCAUUCA